GAAAAGGAAACAUAUUGCCCCAAGGCUGCUGUUUUCAUUUCCUCAUGAGAAGAAGAAGCACAGUAGAGAAGAAAGGCAGAGCCAGCGCACUCAACCUUUGCUAACAUGGGGAACUGGGCUGUGAAUGAGGGAGUCUCCAUCUUUGUCAUUCUGGUGUGGUUGGGGCUGAAUGUCUUCCUCUUUGUCAAGUACUACAAGGUUUAUGAUGAUGAGCCUAAGUAUAAUUAUACUCGAAAACUCCUUGGGUCAGCACUGGCUCUGGCCCGGGCACCAGCAGCCUGCCUGAAUUUCAACUGCAUGCUGAUCCUGCUGCCAGUGUGUCGGAAUCUGCUCUCCUUUCUCAGGGGUUCCAGUGCGUGUUGCUCAACAAGAAUUCGAAGACAGUUGGACAGGAACCUCACUUUCCAUAAGAUGGUAGCUUGGAUGAUAGCUCUUCACACGGCUAUUCACACCAUCGCACAUCUAUUCAACGUGGAGUGGUGUGUGAAUGCCAGAGUCGGGCUUUCUGACCCUUAUUCAGUAGCACUCUCUGACAUCGGAGAAAGGGACAAUGAGGAGUAUCUCAAUUUUGCUAGAGAAAAAUACAAGAACCCUGAAGGGGGCCUGUAUGUGGCCGUGACUCGGUUGGCUGGAAUCACAGGAAUUGUCAUCACACUGUGUCUCAUAUUGAUCAUCACAUCCUCCACCAAAACCAUCCGGAGGUCUUACUUUGAAGUGUUCUGGUAUACACACCAUCUCUUUGUGAUCUUCUUCAUUGGCCUUGCCAUCCAUGGAGCUGAACGGAUUGUACGUGGACAGACUUCGGACAGCUUGAAAGAGCAUAAUUUAGAUUUCUGUGCAGACAAAAUCAAAGACUGGGGAAAAAUAAAGGAGUGCCCAGUACCAAAGUUCGCCGGAAACCCUCCUAUGACUUGGAAAUGGAUAGUGGGUCCCAUGUUCCUGUACCUCUGUGAGAGGUUGGUCCGGUUUUGGCGAUCUCAACAAAAGGUGGUCAUCACUAAGGUGGUCACUCACCCCUUCAAAACCAUUGAGCUCCAGAUGAAGAAGAAGGGAUUCAAGAUGGAAGUGGGACAGUACAUUUUUGUGAAGUGCCCUAAGGUAUCGAAGCUCGAAUGGCACCCAUUCACACUAACCUCUGCUCCUGAGGAAGACUUUUUUAGCAUCCACAUCCGUAUUGUGGGAGACUGGACAGAGGGGCUAUUCAAUGCUUGUGGCUGCGAUAAGCAAGAGUUCCAAGAUGCCUGGAAACUACCUAAGAUAGCAGUUGAUGGGCCCUUUGGUACAGCCAGUGAAGAUGUGUUCAGCUAUGAGGUGGUGAUGUUAGUGGGAGCUGGGAUUGGAGUCACGCCUUUUGCCUCCAUUCUCAAGUCUGUCUGGUACAAAUAUUGUGAUAAUGCCACCAGUCUGAAACUCAAAAAGAUCUACUUCUACUGGCUGUGCAGGGACACGCAUGCCUUUGAGUGGUUUGCAGACCUGCUGCAGCUGCUGGAGACCCAGAUGCAGGAAAGGAACAAUGCUGACUUCCUCAGCUACAACAUCUACCUUACUGGCUGGGAUGAAUCUCAGGCCAAUCACUUUGCUGUGCACCAUGAUGAAGAGAAAGAUGUGAUCACAGGCCUAAAACAGAAGACUCUCUAUGGACGGCCCAACUGGGAUAAUGAGUUCAAGACCAUUGCAAGUAAACACCCUAACACCAGAAUAGGUGUUUUCCUGUGUGGCCCCGAAGCCUUGGCUAAAACUCUCAGUAAACAGAGCAUCUCCAACUCGGAGUCCGGUCCUCGUGGAGUCCACUUCAUUUUCAACAAGGAAAACUUCUAACUCAGCUCUUUCACCAGGAAAACAGUGUAUGCUGCCAAAUGUCCUGAUAUUGCCAGUUGAUUGUAGGAGAGGAGGAGGAGAGGAAACUAUAGUGACACAGGCCCCCUAAAAAGAAUUCCAAAGAUUGUUGCUAGACAUAGGUCAUAUUUACAUGGAGCUUCAUGGUUUCGGAGCAGUUUUUACAAACAUUGUUAUGUUGCAUUGUUUCAUAAUUCUCUCUGCCAUGCCAAAAGAGGGUAAGGCAAAAACAUUUUCUGGACUUGUUCUAGGAUAAACAAUAGGAGCUCAAAUGAGUUCAGCACCUUCCUUCCUAUUCAGAAGCUGAAACCAGAUCUAAGACAUCUGACACCAGGUUUAGUCAUCUUUUCACAUUUAAUACCAGAUUGUCUCAAGACUCAGUUUUUAAACUUUCCCUCAAAAAACAAAAACAAAACAAAACAAAAAAACAAACAACAACAACAACAAAAAACCCCAAAGAGUAGCUCAUCAUUCUUCAUUGUUGUUUCAUCUUUAACCUUAGCAUCAUGCUAAAGGAGACUUUUAAUAGAGGAGCUAGUAACAGUAUCGACACAGAAGUUUAUUCCAGUUUAACCAGCACAACAGCCUAACUGGGUCAGAGAUUAUUCCUACUAAGAAAUAUUAGACAGAUUGGGAGUUAAAGUAGCACUCUGCAUUUAUCAUGGUGUUCGGCAGAAUUGGUGUUCAAGGUCAGUUUAUUGAAUGAAUGAAUAAAUGAAUGAACAAAUAGAUGCAAACAUUCAGAACUAUGUCAUAAUGGAAUGCUUGGCCAAAGACAGAAUUACCCUUUUGUUUCUUUUACACACCAAAGCAUCCUGAUUCCCCUGGGAGUAGAGAGAAAGAUAUGACCCAGCAGGAUGGCCCGACCUAUUCUUCCAACUGUCAUUUUAAGGCAAGAGGGAUGAAUUCAGAGACAUACCCUCCUAUGAUGAUGCUGGCUAACACUUCUAGUUCUAGUCUGUAAACUGGAAAAGUAAAACACAUUCAUUUACUGACAAAAAUGGUCUGCUCCAGCCAACCCUUGUGAAGUUUGAACUGAAUUCUAGCAAAUGUAUACCUGAUAAUAUAUAUCCUGCUUAGAAUCCAUUUCUCCUUUGGCUUAAAUACCUACACAAAUAGAUCUCAUGUGUAUAGACAAUAACUUGGGUUUUUUUAUUACAGCAUUUUCAUCAUCACUAGUACCAGCAUCACUGUUUCCCGAAAAUAUAAAUCCUAGAAACCAUAAUCCCCAAAUAACUGGCUUGAGGUAAAAUCACACUCAAUAUUUUAUGGGUAUCCAUAAAUGCAAGAUGGAGUCUGAAUCACUGCUAGAGUAGUCCACAUGUGAAAAAAACAAAAACAACAAAAAAAAAAAAAAAAAAAAAAAACCUACCCCUGUUUCUGGGAACUAAAAGCAUUUCUGAUUACACCCCCCCCCCAGGGAUACAAAGAUUUGUAACUAUUCAGCUUUGGUAAUGAGGAAGGAAGCAUAGAGGGCAGAGGCCUUGAUGGUGAGAAAGCAUGGAGACAAUAGUAGGAAAGGAAAGCACACUCACAGGGGGAAGGUCUCACGGUGCUUGGCAUUCACCCUCCAUUUCUACUUGGUGUGUAUCACAUGUAAUUCAAGGAUGCAUGUGCUCAUCUUGUUUUGACUUCAUAUAGCAUUGCAUAGUUUCAGUUCUGGUGACAAAUUUUGCUAUUGUAUGGGCAUUUUGAAGGAACUGGACAAAAUGAGAGCUCAGAUUCUCCUUAUAUCCCUGCUAUGUCCUUGUUCUCUUAACAUCCUUAGAGCACCAAAGGCUGGUUCUGACAAAUAAGGCCUUCCUAGAUAUGCACAUGGACCCAUGAGAAUUGUUGCCCUUGGACAACGGUCCAGACAGACCCUUCAUGUUGCACCCUAGGCAUUAGUUCAUUCAUUCAACAUACAUUUGUUUGGUAUAAUUAAUAUGAGUCUGUUUUUAACUAUUUGUGGCAAAGUUUGAGCUAGAGGGAGAUCUCAGUUACAAGGACUCUGAAAAUACCUUUCUAACAAAACUGGUAAUGAGUCUGUUGCUCCAAUAAUAUUUCUCCAGUUUUCUGGGUUUUUUUUCCCUUUUUUCCUUUAUUCUUCUCGCACACAAUAGAUCCAGCCGACAGCCUCCCUCCUCCACCUCUCCCAGCCCUGCCUCCACACCUCUCCCACAGAACCAUUGCUCCUCUGUUUCCCUUCAAAAAAAGAGCAGGCCUCCCAGGAAUAUCAACUGAACAAGAUGCAAUAAGAAUAGGCACAAACCCUCAUAUCAAGGCUGCUUGAGGCAACCCAGGAGGAGGAAAAGGGUCCCAUAAGCAGGCAAUAGCUGAUAUCAACAUAGUUCCCAAAAUAGAGAUCUAUCCUGAGUUGUUCUGGUUAGGAGAUGGAAAAUGAGUGCACAUGUGCUUCUCAUUUGAGAACAUCCUUCUUUUUCCUCCCAAAUCUACAGCUCCCAGCUCCUAGCCCCCAGCCGCCAGCUGCCAGCAGAGCCCUUUCCGUAUUUAGUUCUUAGAAUUUAGUAAGAUACUGAGAUCUGUCUUUAGUAACAAAUCUAAAAUGAGAAAAUAUGGCUAGAAAUGAUUUUCUUCGUUUUUCCCGCUUUUGCAAUAUCAUGUUUAUGGAAUUUGAAUACUUACAGCCAUUGUAUGUGAAUAGUUGGGGUGGGGGGAGAAGAUGAUCUGGGGAUAAGUUUUAGAAAUAGCUAUUAAAGCUUGCUUUGAUGCUGAAAUCCG